AUGGUUUUUUUAGCAUUCUUGUCAUCACCUUCUCCAGCCAUCAAAUGGCUAGGAUUUGUAUGUGCUGUAUGGGUUCAAGCUGUUGCUGGCAACAAUUACACAUUUUCCAACUACUCUGAUGCCCUGAAAUCUCUAAUGGCUCUCAGCCAGCUUCAGCUCAACAACCUUUCUGUUGCUAAAGAUGUUGGAAAGGCAUUCGGCAUCCUAGCCGGUUUAGCUUCCAACAAGCUACCGCCUUCGACUAUCCUCAUCUUGGGAGCUAUUCAAGGACUAAUUGGAUAUGGAGCUCAAUGGUUAGUUGUUAGUCAGAAGAUCGCCCCUCUUCCGUAUUGGCAGAUGUGCGUGUUUCUUUGUUUGGGAGGGAAUAGUACCACAUGGAUGAACACUGCAGUUCUAGUCACCUGCAUGAGAAACUUCAAAAAUAACCAGGGUCCAAUUUCAGGAAUCCUGAAAGGUUACUUAGGCCUCAGCACAGCUAUUUUUACUGAUGCGUCCACAGCCCUCUUUUCAGCCAAUCCAUCUGCCUUUUUGCUUACAUUGACGAUUAUCCCUGGUAUAAUAUGCCUCAUCGCAGCUAUUUUUCUUCGGGAAAUGCCACCAACAGCCGCUCAAGAGAAAAAUCAGUCAAGCAUGCUUAAUUUCUUUAACGUUAUGGCUAUAAUAGUGGCUCUCUAUCUUCUAGCAUAUGAUAUCUCAGGUAAUCAUGGCCGAAUAGUUUCCUUGGUAUUUGCUGCUGGCCUGUUUGUGCUACUUGCUGCACCAUUGUGCAUCCCUUUGUAUUUUGUGUUUUCAACACAAACCACAAAUGUGGAUGUUGAAAGACAAGAAAAUCAAUCACUUUUGAUCCAAGACAACAAGAACAGUGCAAUUAAAGUGGAGGAUGGCAUUGAGGUUAAGCCGCAACCUGUUAUUGGGGAGGAUCAUACUAUUUUUCAAGCAAGCUGCACUUUCGAAUUCUGGGUGCUGUUUCUUUCAUUUCUUUGCGGAGUAGGGACUGGAAUGUGUGUGCUUAACAACUUAGGACAAAUGGGACGAGCCCUCGGCUACUCAGAUGUUUCAAUUUUCAUUUCUCUCACCAGCAUUUGGGGAUUCUUUGGCCGUAUAAUCUCAGGCAUUGCAUCAGAAUACUACAUUGGGAAAAGUGCAACACCAAGGCCGUUAUGGAAUGCAUUGUCUCAAGUUCUAGUGGCAGCUGGAUUUGUUGUAAUGGCUUUUCCAUUCCCAGGAUCUCUGCACAUGGGUUCUAGUAUGGUGGGAAUGUGUUACGGCGUGCGAUUGGCUGUCACAGUACCAAUUGCCUCAGAGCUAUUUGGCCUGAAAUAUUUCGGCCUAAUGUACAAUAUUCUGAUCCUGAAUCUUCCCCUUGGUUCUUUCCUCUUCUCAGGCCUUCUUGCUGGUUACUUGUAUGAUGCCCAAGCUACAACUGCCAUAGAUGGAGUUGGAAACACUUGCAUUGGACCACAUUGUUACAGGCUUGUGUUCAUCAUAAUGGCUGUUGUCUCUAUCCUUGGAUUUGGACUGGAUUUGUUGCUUGCUCAGAGGACGAAGAAUCUCUAUAUGAAGAUUUAUGAGAUAAAGAAGCUGAAGAAAUAUAUUGCACGGAACACAUCCUUAAAGUAA